UUGAGGCUGCGUCUCUCCCUCGGUAACACAUGGGCAUGAUGCAAUCGACGCCGUGCACGCCGGGCACGUCGCGGGCCGACUACACGCAGGAUGGCCCCGUGGCCCAGCGCAUCGCGUCCGUCACGCCCUACUUCCCCUUCAAGGGCAUCGACCGCUUCUACGACAUCGGCGGCUUCCUCAAGGACCCGGAGGCCUUCGCCCUCGUCGUCGAGGUGCUCGUCGAGCGCUACAGGGACGCGGACAUCGACAGCGUCUGCGGCCUCGACGCGCGCGGCUUCGUGCUCGGCCCGCCGCUCGCGCUCGCGCUGAAGAAGCCGUUCUUCAUGCUCCGGAAGAAGGGCAAGAUGCCCAACGCCGUGACCGGGGCGGCCUACGCGAAGGAGUACGCCGGCAACGACGCGCUGUCGAUCCCCCGCGGCGCCGUCAAAGCCGGCGACAAGGUGCUCGUCGUCGACGACCUCGUCGCGACGGGCGGCACGCUCCUCGCGGCGCUGGACCUCAUCGCCAAGUUCGACGGCGUCGUGCCCGAGUGCGCGCGCGCCGCCGCGCGGGGCGCGUCGCCGCGCCGGCCGCCGAGCGCGCGCGCGCAGGUGCGUCGUCGAGAUCAAGUUCCUCGACGCGCGGGCGGCCUUCGCGAAGCGCGGCUUCGGCCACGUGCCCAUCUGGGCGCUCAUGUCCGAGGACAUCCUGACGAAGAACGGCCUCGAGGACGCGGACAUCCCGACGGACGGCUACGUCGACGACGGCGAGGCGCACUAAAGGUAACGAGCGACAGGGUCGGUCCGCGUUAG